AUUCCCUAGUAAAGGGGGGUCUAUGGGGCGCAGAGCACCGCCCCGAGUCCCGCGGUGAACUUUGUCACAAAUAACACCAAGAUACUUUAUUUUCUCCUGACACUGUACGCGGCAGAAGUAACGACCAGAGUGCUUUCACAAGAUGUACAUGUGGCUGACAGCGUUGGCCGGACUGGCCAUUUUAUCUCUUUCCUACAUCAAAACCUAUUUUGGUCCGUACUUUAGAGCGGACUGCGCUUACAUGUGGAGAAGUAUAAAGCUGGCUAUAAGGAUUACUAAAUACAAGAAGUGUAAACCGUUUUAUAGUUUGUUGGACCACUUUUUGGAUGGAGCGAAACGGCAUCCAGACAAGGUGUUUGUUCACUUCGAGGGGCGCCAGUGCACUUACGAGGAGGUGGACAAGCAAAGCGCCAAAGUGGCCCGUGCGCUGCAGGCUGAGGCAAAACUCCAAGAAGGGGAUGUAGUAGCUAUAUUUUUACCAAAUAACCCCUCUUAUAUGUGGACAUUUUUGGGCCUGGCGAAACUUGGCUGCCCCGCUGCGCUUCUGAACACCAACAUCAGGUCCAAGUCUCUGCUCCACUGCUUCUCGUGCUGUGGGGCCAAAGUGCUCAUCACCUCUCCAGAGCUACUGUCUGCUGUGGAGGAGGUGCUGCCCACUCUGAAGGAGCAGGACAUCUCUGUCUUCAUCCUGGCAGACAGCUGCAGCGUCCCAGGCAUCCACCCUCUUUCAGAGAAGAUCAAAAAGGCAUCAGAUGAGCCACUGUCCAAGGAGCUUCGAGCCAAUGUGACCAUCCGUAGUACAGCACUUUACAUCUACACAUCUGGUACUACAGGUUUACCAAAGGCGGCCGUAGUGACCCAUGAGCGCGUCUGGGCUGCCUGUUUAUUCCAGGCCGCAGUGGGAGUCACCACAGACGACAUCUUCUAUAUCAACCUGCCCCUGUACCACAGCGCGGGCUUCCUCAUCGGGAUGGCAGGGAGCAUUGAGAGGGGUAAUACGAUGGUGUUGAAGAAGAAAUUUUCAGCCUCUCAGUUUUGGGACGAUUGUCGUAAAUACAACGUGACUGUGAUGCAGUACAUUGGAGAGACACUGCGCUACCUCUGCAACUCUCCUAAGAAAGACACUGACAAGCAGCACAAAGUGAGGCUGGCCAUGGGGAACGGUGUCAGGACGGAUAUUUGGACUGAGUUUUUGAAUCGAUUUGGGGACAUUCAGAUGCGAGAACUGUACGGAGCCACUGAGGGGAACAUAGGAUUUAUAAACUACACUAAUAAGAUUGGAGCAGUGGGAAGGAUUAACCCUCUGCAUAAGUUCUUCUUCCCUCACACUUUAAUCAAGUUUGAUGUUGAGAAAGAGGAGCCGAUACGAAACUCUGAGGGUCUUUGUGUUAAAGCCGCUCGAGGUGAGAUUGGGCUCUUGGUUGGAAAGGUCACCAAGAGGUCACCAUUUGUGGGAUAUGCCGCCAACAAAACCCAGACCGAGAAGAAGAGGCUCCGGGACGUGAUGAAGAAAGGAGAUCUGUACUUCAACACUGGGGACCUUAUGCUCAUUGACUCAGAAAACUUUGUCUACUUCAUGGACCGAGUGGGAGACACCUUCAGAUGGAAAGGUGAAAAUGUUGCUACAUCAGAGGUUGGAGACAUCCUUACAACAGCAAACAGCAUAUUGGAAGCAAAUGUUUAUGGCGUUAAAGUUGAAGGUCACGAGGGUCGGAUUGGGAUGGCGGCCGUGACCCUUAAAGAAGGAGAGGAUUUUGACUGCGCUGACGCCUAUAAACAAGUGGUGAACUACCUCCCCGCCUAUGCCCGCCCACGUUUUAUCCGGAUUCAGCCAUGUCUGGAAGUGACUGGGACAUUCAAGAUGAAGAAAGUGAAGUUAGUGGAGGAAGGAUUUAACCCCGCAAACAUCUCCGACCCCCUGUACUUUUUGGAUACAGACAAAAAGACAUACGUUCCUCUCACUGAAAAGAUUUACAAUGCCAUAAUGUCCAGGGAAAUAAAACUUUAACAUGAAUUACUGUUUAGUCUUACCCUUGCUUUGAAUGGUCCAACAACCCACUAACUCAGGGUGGUUAUUGAAACACUUCUGAGAUGCAGUGGUAUAGGAGAAGUAAGCAUUAAACAAAUUGGACCUGUGCUUUAUGCAGGUUUAAUGCACGACAUGGGGUCCACAAAGUGCGCUAAAACUGCAGAACGCACAGCUCUAAGUUGUUUAUUGUGCUUAUAACAUGGCUAGAAACUGAAAUGGCUCACCUAUAAAACCAAAACGCCUGUUCACUGUUUGUAAAUGUCCAAAUGUUUUGUUAUUCCUGUGUUGCAUAAAAGCAAGUACCUCCAUUCUAGAGUCACAGUAGGUGAGCAUUUAUUGCGUGUUUUAUUACUUGUUUCUAUGGUGAUGGCAGCAGUGAAGUGAUAUAGAAUAUGAUUUAACCGUUGCCGGGCGGACUACUUGUAAGUUAUGUAAAAUAUACAGCCAAGAGCAUGUUUGCAUUUCCUGUAAUUUGUGUAUUUUCCAUCAUUGAUAAUUGUGUACUUGCUAGUGAAGCUUUGCCGUAAUUCUGUUCAACUUAUCUGCCUCAUGAGUAUGUUUACAUGUAUACCUGGCAGUUUUAACUAACAAUUAAUAUAUUUAGUUGUUUUCAAUGAUGUUUUUUUUGGGGGUGGAAGACAGUUGACCCACUUUUAAGACGUUAUUGGCAAUCUUGUGAUAAGCUUAAACAUUAUUGAAUAAAUAUAGUUUUGUAUACUGUUUAUUCUGGUCAAACUGUAAGCGGUACAGGUGUGAGCUAGCCGCUGAAGAUAUGCAACCAUACUAAAUACCUCAAUAAAUGGAACAACAGCUUG